CACCCUACCUUCGUAGAAUAUAUUUUUGGCUUAUUGUUCUUAUCCUGUCAGAAUUGGAAUUAGCCUGCACUUUAAAGGCACUAUGUACUUCUUGUUGGAUAAUUAUUCAAGAAGUUUUGCUGGCAACUUUUCUACAACUUAAUUAAUAUAUUUCAGUAUGGUAAAUUCUACCUUAGUAUAUUGGCAGUGGCAUAAAACAGUUAAGAACCAUUGAAUAAUGGGGUUUUUCUAUUGAAAUGUAUACAUUUCUUCUCAUUUAGAAAACUCUGUAUUGCCAUUCAUAAGGAAGGAAACCAUAAUGCUAAGAACAGCAACUGGUACUGCAAAUCUCUAUCCCAAAUUGGUAAAGUAGUAGAGGUACCUAUGCAGGAGGACCAGUGGUGCUUUCUUUCCCUUCUACUCUGUGCUCUCUCUUGCGCUCUUUAUGAAAUCCUCCAUGAAGGCUUGUGCUUGGCUGGAGAGGUCUGCUGAGGCCAACUUUGCUGCAGCACUUGCUUAUCUGCUGAGCACCACCUCCAUUCUGCCUUUCCCUGGCUUUUUUCUUCCACAUAGCUGUGCCCUCCAGUCUGCACAUUUCCAUAACAUGGCUUUCUGUGUGGGGUUAUUAUUCCCUUUCCCUCCCUUCAGUGUUUCUCUGGUGAAAUGGAACCUAACUCUGAGAGAAGGAGGAUCCCUGUUCCUAUGUCUUUGUAUAACCCAGAACUGGAGACAGACAGUGGGGCUGAGGGAGGCAGCAGUCUUGCUCAUCAUCUCCCUGUGACAGGCAUGGUGCCUGGCUGUAGUGUGAGCUGAGUUUCAUGUUCCGUCCUUUAGCCCUGCCACUUCUAGCAUCCUUAGCUAUUCCCAGGCUGUGAAACCCAGGUGGGUUCCAAGUGGCAGAUUUCUAGCCCAGGCUGGUGAUCUGCCCCCUGGGUGGUGAGUGGGAGUUGUGACUUUGAGCUGGCAGUGAGGGGUCUGGACUGAGGUCACCACCUGGAGACCAGCCUGUGCCUGCAUGCUUAUACAGAGAGAGGCAGCUCACCAUCCCAAGAGAGGAGCUUUGGUACCCUCUAGGCAUGUCCCUUUUGCUAGUGGAGGGCUUCUGCCAGGAGAGGGAAUUACUGAUCGAGGUAAGCGUAUAUUCAGUGGUUUUUCAAUUUGCUUUGAAAGACUCCUGUGCAGGUGAAGGCUUGUGCCAAGUUUCAGCCUAGGUAUAGUGCCAUUUGUAACUUGCUCAUAAUCACUCCACCUCUGCAUCUUUCUCACCUGCCUACCAAAUACUAGCAACCUGACUUACCAGAGUGAAAUAGGUUCCUGAGAAAAAAAGCUGGUGUAUUCACAGUUCAGGAGAAACUAGUUCAGAUACACUCUUUUUCCAUUGCAGAAAUGCUACAGGCUUGGCUUCUUUUCAUUUCUCUUCUGAACACAGUCGGCUCCUUGGAAACACGCAUCUGUAAGGAUCAGCUGUUGGCAAAAUCCAUCAAUCAUGAGGUUUAUCAUUGCCCAGAGAAAACUAACUAUAACCACACGAGAAGGGAGACACUAGUAUAGAGCAGGACCUUGAGGAUAUGGAGUCAGGUUCUUGGGGGUAGGGACAAGUUAAUUUAGGGUGAAGGAGGGGUCACCUUUUUAAAUAGCUUGCCUCUGCAUGUUGCUUUGUGACCCUACAUUGUUGAGGCAGGGUGCAAGGAUGUCCAGGUGUUCACCCACCAUGAGCUACAAACUUUACAUAUGAAAACGAGUUCUUUUAAGUGUUGCAAUGAUAGGGCCAAAGGAUCAAAGGAUUAGAGAACUAAAUGAGAGGAUUGUAACUCCCAAAACCCUAAGGUUUACCUCUGACCAUGGAAAUAUAUGACAAAACUCUUUAAUGAAGAGAGGCUGACAGAAUAGUUUUUCUCCUAACCAUGUAUUUUCUGUAGAAAACCUCUUAGGGAAUGUGAUUCAUGCAGUCUAUGUUCUAGCCCUGACAGAGGCGCUUCCAAAGUGUGUUCUUUUGUAUGUUCUUUUGCUUUUACAAAAAAUAGGUAAUUUUUAUUAUUACCUAUUUUUGCAAUGCCCAGGCACGUGUGCCCAUGCAUGCACACAACACACAGAUCAUUUCUCACCUCUGCAGAUUGCUGAAUACAAGGUCUGCCCCAGGCUCCCACGUGCUGAUGUAUCUUGAUCUCACAUUACCUGGAAUUUUAGGUUUUUUCACCACGCUUCUGUGACUGAGACCUUACAGUCAUGGCCACAGCCCUCAAGACCUCUCCUACUGCACCAAAGUCACAAGUCAGAAGCCAAAGAACAGCUCAGCAGGAAUUUUCUGGUAAAAAUGCAGGGAGACCAGUAAACUGGUUUGGUUUUCAUCAGCAGGACUGUUGUCUUUCUAAGCAGAUUGCUCCAAAGCAAAGGAAAAACAGUCAAGUGAGGAAGAGGGCACCUUCCAGAUACCUCACUAACACAACCAAAGUUAAAGCUUAAUGAAUUGCCAUACCUUGGCCUGUUUGCCUGGAGUGCCUAAUAACAGCUAUCAGCAGCACUGCUGGAUUGCUAAAUCCUGAGUGCUUUCAUCCUGAAUGUGACAAGUUUGUUGAGGGGAACUUUGCAUCUCGGCUGAACUCUGGCCAAAGGUGCUUUGGUCUAUUUGUCCCUUUUGCUGUCCUGCUUCCAAUCUCCCCCUCCUGUGUCUUUCUUCAACAUUGAAAUGUCCAUACUGUCCCUUCAGUAAAACUGCAAGAUUGAAAGGGAAGGAAAACUGGCAGCAGCCCUAGCUGAACAGAAUGGGGAACUGGCUGCUGUGGCACAUUUAGCUGCAUGAGGGGAGGAGCAGCUGUUUUAUUCUUUUUUUGCGCUUAGCCAGAAUGCUCUCUAUAAAACUGACCAUCUGUGCAUGUGGCCUAAGAGUCUAUAUUCUGAAUGCAGAGAGGCAAUUGUCAUGGCAAAAGUUGUUACAGUGCAGCCUGUGAGCCACAGUCUGUCUGUGGUAGAGGGAUUACUGUGCUGGACCUGCCCCAGUCCACGGAGUGUGGCAGGCAUCCUAAGGAGCUCCUGUCCCAGUUUAGUGAUGGAUCAGCCAUUUCCUUCAUCCUGUCUCUACCCAGUUGUAAAGAGCAGGGCAUUCAUCACCGUGUGGUGUUUGCCCUCUGAUUGAAGGCUACCAAGUUGGUGAGUAAUACAUAGCACUGGGAUUUUCCUACUUGCUGCUGUUUCCCCAGCUCUUAGAAAUGGGGAAAUUUGCUAUAAGCUGAAGGGUUUGAGGUUGACUGCUUCUGCCCAGCUCAGCUACUGCUGGUUUCACUUGCAAUGAGCCACCCACACAGCAACAAAAAUUAUAAUGAUGUGAGAAAACACUGGACUGCGUUCUGGGAGUAGAGUUUCCAUGCCUGGCUCAGCCUUAUAAGCAGUCCCCAGUCCUUUUUUUUGAUGCCCUAGAGAGUUUCUGUGAGAACCAGGUGUGCAUGGGCCGUGGCUGGCCAUGGAGCCAGUGCCUGUGGUAAGUAACCAGCUGAGGUCUGGAGGAGCUGGCUUGUACUGUGCUGCAAGUGCUGACCAGUGCACAUGUCUGGCAGGUCCUGGGCUUGAAGGUUGUGCAGGGCAGUUCACUGCUAAGUGGACUUCCCCCUCCAUUGCCUGGCUGAGGUGCUUCAGAAACACUUAGCAUGCUCUCCUCCACAUCAUGAGGCAGGGGCAACGAAGCCAUGAAAUGCCUUGUUUCCUCCACUACAGCUAGAAUUAGUGUUCACAGUUUGGCAUGUGCUGACUAUUUCAUGGCCUCAUUCUGAGCUGUGCCAGGCCCUUGCAACAGACACCCUUGUUCAGAAGUAUUAGGAAUCCUUCCCACUUCUGGUCAAACUGCCUUUGCUGUUCUUACAACUUAAAAUCUCCAGUUCUGCUCCUAUAUUUGGUUUGUGUAGCAAGAUUUUAUUGAGGAGGGUGGCUACAAGGGUGGGUUUUCUGAGAAGCUGUUCCUUUCCUGCCUUUUCUCCUAAAGACACAGUACGUUGCUGCCAGUGACAUGACAAGGUACUAAAUGUGUUAGGACUGCAUGUUCUGUGGUUUACAGAUGCAGCUUGCUGUGUGAGCCCUUUGCUUGGCUUUGCACAUGCUGCCACAGCAGAGGCUGAAGACAGCUGGUGUGUUUUUCACCCUAUGCCAGGUGCCGGAAGCUGCCUAAGGCACACUCCAUUGCUGCACCAGCCCAAGUGUGGAAGAGCUGCAGCCAGACAGAAUAGGUGGGACAUGCUGAUUUUUGAUAGCUGUGGUAAAACAGAGCUCCAUGAGAUGCAGAUGAGGAUCUUGCCAUAAAUAGCUGUGUACCAGCAGUAGAGUUCUGGUCUUGGUGCAUCUCCACUUGCAGAGAUCUGGGGACAAGAUGGUGCUUCUAAGGGGGUCAGUUUCUGCCAACCUGCAUGGAAGGAGCAGGGAGUUCUGCCAGCACUGCUAACUCAGUGUGUGUCUGGUGAUUUCCUAAGAGAAGAUACAAGCUUCUGUGCAGUCUCUUUCAUGUGAGCAAGACGUAUAUAGCCACAGCUCUGUGAAGGCCAUCCAGUGAGAACCACCAUGAGGAACAAACAGUGGCUCCAGAAUAUUUUCUUCUGCCUUUUAUUUCAGUACACUGUGUGUUGUGAAAGCCUCACUUGUUUCGUGGACUAUGUACAGACCCUGUCCUGUAUCCUGCGAGAUGAGUUGGGUGCCGGUUCAUACAAUCUCACUGCAACAUGGGCUCCUGAGGAAGAUCCGGAAAAUACUGUGGCUGCCUGCAGUCUCCUGCAAUUGUCAAGGAACACCAGCCACACACAGUACAUAUGCACUGUGGACAUGACUGAACUCCUGGCAGAUACCAAAGUCCAGGUGGAUGUUACAGAGAUAGCUGAUAGGCAGCACGUGCUUUCCAAAGACUUUUACUUGUCAGACAACAUAAAACCACAGCCUCCAUUCAACCUGACCGCUUUGUUCUCAGAGGGUUACAGUAUUUCUUGGGAAACCAUCUACCAGAACUCUUCCUUCUACUUUUUGAAUGAGGAGUUGGAGUAUCAGCUGCGUUACAAAAGAAGAGCGGACAGCUGGGAGACUCAGAAGACUAAAGCUGUUCAUGAAGCUAAACGGACAUUGAUGAUCCUGCCAUGGGAACUACAGGCGAACACUGAGUACGAGUUCCAAGUGAGAGCUAGACCCCGGGAGGACAGUGGCUAUGGUGGUUUUUGGAGUGAAUGGAGUUCUCCGUUGUCAUUGAAAACCAGCCCUGCCGCAGUGACACAGACAGCAGGUAUGGAAUGGCUGUUGCUGUUUGUUAUUAUUGUGGCAAUCACAGCCUCAAUCACAACAUUUCUGGCCAAACAGCAGAGCUUGUGGAAGAAGAUGGCAUGCAUCCCAGACCCUGCUCCCUUUUUCAAACCUCUUUACAUGGCUCAUAACGGAGAUUUUAAGAAGUGGGUUGGUGCAUCCCAUAUGAAAAUGACCUUUGAUUUCUUUGAAUGGGGAAUAGUCCUUCCAGAAAUCCUAGAAGUUUAUACCAUGCAUCCUUCCAACAGCACCCCACAGGAGGAGCUGCAUGAGCUGAGAAAGAAUCUGCCUUUCAAGCCCUGUGCAUCUUGCCUGACUGCCCCAGGUCAUGGUAGCCAGUCCCCGUGGUGUAGUGUAAACAGUAACGGUGGGACUGAGGACCAGACAUAUGGGCACUUGUCAAUUGAUACAGUGACUGUGGCUGAUGAAUUUACAUCUUGUAACUGCCAGUGCAGCUGUAACCAUGUGUACAGGGAGCAUGAGCAUACCAACAAGGAAGAUGAUAGUGCUGGAGAACCUGGUUACCCCAAGAUUAACAUUGAUGAGGAAGACAGAAAGAUAUCCAGUGACUUGCAUUUGGCUGAUCUGAGCACACAGGACAAAAUACUUGCUUCAGGCUCUGUGUCCACAGACCACCUGAGGAGCACAUGUGUUCCAAUCAACCAGCAAGGAGAAAGGGGAGUGGAAGGAGGGGUGGGGAACAUCCUAGAAGCCCUUUGCUUGCAGCCUCAUCAGUGGGAUUUGGAAAAUCCAGGUUCUCUACCUUCUCCUGAUGGUGAAAGUGUUUCUUACAGUGAAGGCUUCUAUGACUUCUUCCCUCACAGUACAAGGCCUGGUGACAGUUAUCCUUUGAUCUGUGUAGAUUUGGACACUAUUGACAGUGGCUUUGUGGACUCAGACUGUGGAAGUCCAGUUGACUCUGAAUUUGGGCAAAACAGUCAGACCACUUGUGGGGCCGUCCCUCUUGAGCAGGAGGGGCAAGACUUUCCACGGAGCUAUGUCAAGCAGUGGGUCUCCUGUCGCUCUGAGAGCCCUGUCAGUGAGACACAGACAAACUAAGGAUUUUGAUGUUGCCUGGAUGAGUGUGGGGCCUUUUCCAUAGUGUGCCAGGAGCAAAGUGUCAGCAAAAUGCAGAAGAGAAACAAAGUUUACUUUGUGUAAGCUCUAUUGCAUAAACUGACACAGAAAUAUGCCGGUUUCUAUUCCUGUUUAUCCUAUUAAUGUCUCAAAUUUGUUGUUGAGUUCCUGAGUUUUGUUGGAUUUUGGUUUUUUUUAGAAUCAUAGAUCAACCCUCCCUUGAUUUCAGAAAAAUGUCAGAAAAAAACUAACUGUACCUUGAAAAUUUUCCUUUUGCUUCUCUAGAUAUACAAAUUUUUUUGCAGUAACCCUAUAAAGAGUACAGAACUUUAAAUUAUUUUCCCUGAUAUUCUCGCAUGACUUGGGAGUUUGGCUGUACAUGGAACAAUUGAAUCAAAACCCAUGGCAAGCAUGUUUGCUAUGUUAACGUUUCCCCACCCUUUCCAAACAAUGUCAUGUUACUUUUCCUUUUACUAUCUUUGGCUCUUUAAACUCAGCUGUAGUAGUUUGUUAAUUACAGAGGGUUCCAGACCUGUCCUGGGGAUGAAAACUAAUUCUUAUGUAAUCAUCGCAGAAAUGCAUGUACUAGAGACCAAGCACAACUCAGGUUUCACAAAGAAUUUCAAGGUGGAAUCAACAAAUGAAAAGUUUUCAAAAUAUAUAUCAUUCUAAACAAAUUCUUGCUGUCAGACUUUUCUAUUGAGUCAAACUUGCUCCCUCCACUUUUCAAGCAUAUUAACUGAGCAGCUUUUAGAACUAUACCAAAAUUAUUGAAACAUUGUCCUACCUAGAUAUGCCUGCCACUUCUGCCUUGGACUUGCUCUAUUGCAGUUAACAGGUCAGUAGCACAAAUUUUGAGCAAUUUCUGCUAGCUAAUAAAGCCAAAUAUGAAACUGCACUGUAACUGUGAAUCUCUUUUGCUCUCUCAUAUCUCUGUAUCUCUGAUUUUUUCAGGAUAACUCUCUUAAAAAUUCACUGUAAUACUGAGAUUGAUUGUGAAGACCUUCAUCUUACAUAGACAUAGUGCUACUAACCCAUAGGCUGCUUGGCUCCAGAAGGUUAUAUGUUUAGAGAAGAUUUGUGGUGAAUGAUGCAUGUUUCCAGUGUAAUAAUCUGUUGUUGCCUUGAUAGCAAUAAACUCCCUUCCCUCAUC